AUGGCGGAAACAGUGCAAUAUUAUCUUGAAAAAAUGGUACCUGAACUUGAGGAUUAUGAACGUAAAGAAUUAUUUUCAAAGAAACGGCCCUGUCAAAAAAAUGAUUUUUUAAAGUAUAUAGAGUACGAAAUGAAUUUAGAACAAUUGAGGAAAAAACGUAAAGAACGUUUGGGGAAAACAUCAAUAUCAGAUUACGCGAUUAUCAGAAGACUAUAUCAUAUUUAUGACCGCGCAAUUAUAAAGUUUAAAGGUGAUAUUUCUUUGUGGUUGCAGUAUAUAGAAUUUGCCAAAUCAGCAGAAGCUGGAAAGUUGCUCGGUAAGAUCUUUGGGAGUGCUUUGCAAUUGCAUCCAACGAAGCCUUUAUUCUGGAUACUUGCUGCAAAAUGGGAGUUCGAGACUAAUGCUAAUAUAACUGCUUCCAGAGCCUUACUACAAAGAAGUCUGCGUUUAAAUCCUAGUUCCAUUCAACUGUGGCAUGAAUAUUUCAAACUUGAACUUUUAUAUAUUGAAAAAAUUAAAACUCGACGAAAGAUUUUAGGAAUAUCCUCAAGUGCAUCAAUUUCAGAGAAGUCAAAUUCUGAAGAUGUGAUAUUAAUUACAGAGUUUGCAGACGAGGGUAAAUUAGAUGAAGGAAAAACUGAUAAUUUAAAAGAGGAUAAUAAAAUGUUAUCAGGAGAAAUUGUCAGAGCUAUAUAUUUGAAUGCCAUCAAUGCUAUCCCGGACAAUUUGGCAUUUCGUCAACAAUUUGUUGAUAUUUGUUAUGGAUUCUCUGAUACACAAAUAACUCAAGAUACCAUUUACGAAAGUAUUCGUAAAGAUUUUGACAAAAAUGCAGAAGCCAGAGCUUACAUUUCCGAAAGGUAUUUAUCCUCUAUGUUAGAUGUUGAGAAUCCCGAAUUCGAAGUGGUUUUUAAAAAGGGUGUUACCGAAUUUCAACAGAGUGUUGAGGAGUUAGCUAAUAAAGAAAUAUGGUACCUGUUUACCAAAUUUCUCAAUAAAUAUUUUCAUAAGGUUACAGAAAAAAUUUUGAAUUCUUACAUUGCAAAAUUAUUGUCUCAAGCAUACGAAACUGCUUUCUCUUUAAACCUCACCUCAGAAAAAAUAUAUGCAGAAUGGACAGAUUGGGUCUUAGAAAAUUUCGAUCCAAAUUCCAAAAAAGCUCUUGAUAUUGCAAAACAAGCUACUGAGAUUUAUCCUCAAAGUUCAGAACUUUGGAUAAAAAGAAUUGGUAUUAUGAUGUCCUUAGAGGGUGAUAAAUCUGCAGAUGAAUUAUAUAGUUUAGCAUUGAAAAAGAAUCCUGCGUCACUUGUGUUAUGGGAUUCUUAUCUAUCCUGGGUUUUUUCAAAAUGGAAAGAUGGUGGUUUGGGAGAUCAUGAAUUGGAAAAAAUAUUCAUGGCAUCGAUUUCUAAUGUCGCAUCAUUAUCGUUAAGUUUGCAAAUCACUAACGAGCAUAAUCCAGAAAAAGCAAAAAAUAGUGUUAUCUCUCGAUAUUUAAUGUGGGCUGAUGAGGUUGGAGGAUUGAAGAAGGCGCGUCAAGUUUAUAAAAGUCUUUUUAAUAAGAUCUUGCCGACUCUUGGAUUCUAUCAAACAUGUAUUCAAAUAGAAGAAAAGCAUAUAACUUCACCUAUAGCGUCAGACGCUAAAACUCAUUUCGAAUGGUUAUAUGAACGAGCUUGUCAAUUUGACAGCACUCAAUAUGGUUUGUAA